AUGGGCAUCGCCGUCGUCGAAACUGCCACGAAACCGUUCGCCGGUCAGAAGCCGGGAACUUCGGGGCUCCGCAAGCGGGUUCCCGAGUUCCAGCAGCAGAAUUACACUGAAAAUUUUGUGCAGGCCAUUCUUGACGCCGGUCUCGGCGCGAAAAAGAAGGGCGCUCAGUUGGUGGUCGGUGGAGAUGGCCGUUUCCUUUCCAUGGAGGCAACGAAUGUUAUUAUCAAGAUUGCCGCCGCCAACGGGGUAAGAUUUAGAUGUUCUCGAACUUUCCAACCUCUAAUUUCAGAUCGGCCGCCUCAUCGUCGGACAAAACGGUUUCCUCUCGACGCCGGCUGUCUCCAAUCUCAUCCGAAAGGGCCACGAUGGCAAUAUCGUCGACGGAGGAAUAAUUCUCACUGCCAGCCACAAUCCCGGAGGUCCGAAGGGAGAUUUCGGCAUAAAAUUUAACUGCGAGAACGGUGGACCAGCUCCCGAUCAUGUUACCGACGCGAUUUACGCGAUUACGACAAAGAUUGACAAGUAUUUGAUCGCGAAGGAUUUAAACUGUGAUUUCACUCAAGUUGGAAGGUAUGUCGGGAGGGAAAAUGUAGUUUUUGGAUGACUGUUUGGUUUUCAGGUACGAGUAUGACAUUGACGGCGUCGGGCACUUUAUCGUCGACGUCAUCGACUCGGUCGCCGAGUACGUGAAUCUGAUGCAACUCAUCUUCGACUUCUCUAAAAUCAAAUCGCUGCUCUCUGGCGAUCUCACGGGCGGCCGCAAGUUUCGAGUUCUUCUCGAUUCGAUGCACGGCGCCACCGGACCGUACGUCUCCACGAUUCUUGUCGAUUUGCUCGGCGCCGACGCCUCCGACCUUCUGCGAACUGUGCCGAAGCCAGAUUUCGGCGGAGGUCAUCCUGACCCGAAUCUCACCUACGCAAAGGCCCUCGUCGAUCGUCUGAACACUGGAGAGCACGACUUGGGAGCCGCUUUCGACGGAGACGGCGACCGUAACAUGAUUCUAGGAAAGAACGGAUUCUUCGUGACGCCCAGUGAUUCGUUGGCUGUGAUCGCCGACAAUAUCGACACGAUUCCCUACUUCCGCAGCCGAAAAGUUCAAGGAUUCGCCAGAUCGAUGCCAACCGCCGGAGCCGUCGACUUGGUCGCCAAGGCGAAGGGACUGCAAGUGUACGAGACCCCGACCGGCUGGAAAUACUUUGGAAAUCUAAUGGACGCCGGCCGCAUCGCCAUCUGCGGAGAGGAAUCGUUCGGCACGGGGUCCGAUCACAUUCGCGAGAAGGACGGCGUCUGGGCACUCCUCGCAUGGCUCCAAAUUCUUGCCGAACGCCGUGAAUCGGUGGAGCAGAUUGUGACAAAGCACUGGCAAAAGUACGGAAGAAAUGUAUUCACGCGAUACGAUUACGAGAACGUCGACGCUGCCGGAGCCAAUCUUCUGAUGACGUUCCUCGAGGCGCAGCUGCCCGCUUUCGUCGGCAGAGACUUUUCGGCGAACGGAGUCACUUACAAGGUACGGGAAUGAAGAAUCAUCUUUUCAUCUCUUAUCUUUGCAGGUCGCCGUCGCUGACAACUUCCAGUACACGGAUCCAGUGGACGGCUCCGUCGCCACCAAACAAGGGCUACGAAUUGUAUUCGAAGACGGCUCCCGCCUCGUGUUCCGUCUCUCGGGGACCGGAUCCGCUGGCGCCACCAUCCGCCUUUAUGUCGACUCUUACAUCCCGUCGGCCGACACUUCUCGCCUCCUCCUGCCCGCCCACGAACUGCUCAAACCGCUCGUGCUCAUCGCCCUUGACGUGUGCAAAAUGGAGCAAUUCACCAACCGCAAAGCUCCCACUGUCAUCACCUAA